AUGGUACUACCGAUAAUAAUAGGAGUAGGUGCUACUGUGGUUGCCUUAACAAUUAAGUCAUCUGUAGCGGCUUAUAGUAAGUUUCUUCAUCUUACACCCCAAAUGAUUGCAUCAUUAAAUAAUAUUAAAUUAAUAAGACCUGAUGAAGAUAAUCUAAGUAUUAAGAAAUCAGAUCCUAAUUAUGCUCAUAUACUAUAUUUACGACUGCGAUAUCCUGCAUCCGGGUUUAAAGAUCCUAUGACAGAACAAGAAGCAUUAUUAAUAAUGGGAAUUGAAGGCGAUGAUAUAGUAAAAUUUAAUAAGAAAUUAUUAAGAGAACGAUAUAGAAAAUUAAUUAUACUUAAUCAUCCAGAUAAAAGUGGAAGUCAGUACAUUAGUCAACGUAUAAAUCAAGCUAAAGAUGUUUUAGAGCGUAGUUAUAUGUUUAAGAACGAUAAAGAUUAG